AUGGAUGUGCUGGCUAAUAUUGACCCGACGGCCUCGGGCAAUGCGCUCGUGGACCCGUACCGCCCCUCCUUCUUCGAGUUGAUUGCACAAGCUCAGCUGGCAGAGCUAUUGAAGCCAGCUGCACGCUAUGUGCUGACCGUGCUUGCGCAGCGCAAUCCACGCUACCUCUUACGGAUAGCGAACCGCUUUGAAGAAAUAUACGCGUUGCUGAUGUUGCUCGUCGACCGACACUAUUUGCGGACGUGGAACGCAUCGUUUACAGAAAACUUUUACGGGCUCAUGCGGCGGCGGUGUCCUGCGAUCUCGGCAAAGCGUAUAGAAGCGAGUGCGAGCCAACGUGCGCUGCAAGAAGCGCAACGUCUGCGCCCUCGCGAAAUCAACGCUUCCCUGUUUAUGCUUGUCGGCGCACCGUACAUCGAGGCGAAACUUACACAGUACUGGGAGCACCUCGGUGGUGGUAUCAGCGACGCAAACGACCUGUUCAACGACGAGCCUGCAUUCCGUGGCGUGGCACACGAACAGACACUGCGGCAAAAAUGGGAAGGUGUGUUCCGCAAAGGAUAUCCGUAUGCAAAAGUGUUUUACCAGCUAUGGAUGCUUGCAUACAAUAUUGGCUACCUGUUCAACCGCACGCCCUACUGGCGGCCUUGGUACCGAUGGCUGCGCAUGGAUGUGCGGCGUAUGCAAGGGAACGAGCAGCCGCUCGUAUCGCUGACUACCAGGCCGCUUCCACCGCCGACCAAGUUCCCGCUCCUGUUUCUCUGGGCACUUUCAAAGCGCGGCUCUGCGUUUGUGUUUGAGAUGCUCAAAUACGCACUUCCUGCCUCGAUUUUCUUCUUCAAGUUUUUGGAGUGGUGGUACAGCCCGAGUAACCCCCGGCGGCGCAGCAAUGACGACGGCGAUGCUGCGACGACCAAAAACAUUGCCCCACCUGAGCCACUUCUUCCAAGCGAGGACGGCGUCCUGAUCAUACGCCCUGAAACGUGGAAGGAUCCGCGCAUCCUCACGCAGCCCGCACCGAGCACCGAUCCAUUCGCCGAUGCCGAGCCGCCGCGUGGCUUGCUUCAUAACGCGUGCCCACUUUGUGGUGUUGCGCCUAUACAAAACGCGGCAUUGCUUGCGUCAGGUUACGCAUUCUGCUAUACAUGUGCGCAUGCCUAUGUGGACAAGUGGCACAGGUGCCCCGUUACAUGGAUGGACUUGCCUGGAGGCGUAGAGCAGAUCCGCAAGGUCCUUGUAUAA